CUAAUCACAAUUGAACACUCAGCACUCAUCUCUCGAUGGAUCCAAAUUUACAAUGCAAGUACGAUAGCGUGAUGCAAAAGCUAACGGAAAAAGAACUGGCGGAAUACACAAAGAGUUUUGGUCUCUUGAUCAAAAAUGAGGCCGGUGUAGUCACAAUUGACGAGCUGCGCAUUAUGGUACGCACUUUGGGCGAAAAUCCCACGGAAGCGGAGCUCGAGGAGACAUUUAAGGCCUCCGACAUUGAUGGCAAUGGCAAGAUUGACUUUAAGGAGUUUUGCUUAGUUAUGCACCGGUUCGAGAGGGAUGAAAAGCGACAGCUGUGCGAGGCAUUCAAAAUGUUUGAUCAGGAUGGCGACGGUUACAUUGGCGGCGAGGAUCUGGUUAAUGUGUGGAAGAGCAUGAACAUCGAACCCAAGAAUGUGCUCAUCGAGAGAAUGCUAAAGGCUGGCGAUGUCGAUGGCGAUGGCAAAAUCAGUUGCACGGAGUUUUUGACCAUGAUGCAGAAACCUUUCGGGCAGAAGCAGCUGCCGGGUAGAGAAACAUCUGCUUAGUGUGAGAAUUUGUGG